GUGCGCGAAAUGAGUGUUUUUUUAAUGGCGCCUGAGAAUGUUAUUUUAGUCGAGACCGCCAGGUCGAGACCUAAAAGACAUUCGAAGGCGCCAUUAAAAACAUGAAUUUCGCCACGAAAUACAAACAACGUUUUUUCUACAGCCUCCAGAUGAAGAAAAAAGUAACAGAAAUUAGUUGGAACAAAAUGGUCUGAUAAAUCGAGUUGCUUGCAUGGUUACGAUGAUAAAUAAAAGUGAUAGUUGCGAAAAAUUUGUCACAAUAGGUAUUUUUGUUGAAGAAGUGUGAUGGAUUUUAGCAGCGAAAACGAAAUAGAUGCAAUUGCAAGCGCGGCAGUGUCGAAUCUUUUGCCUGCUAAAUCAAGACCGCAGUACGAAAAAACGUAUCUUCAGUUUCGGCAGUGGUGUUCUAUGAAAAAGAUUGAUCAAGUAACGGAAAAUGUUUUGUUGGCGUAUUUGGAAGAAAAGUCUACCACCUUAAAGCCACCAACACUCUGGGCCCUUUAUGCGAUGUUGAAAGCCACCUUAAACGUUAAAGAGAAUAUCGAUACACGUAAGUUUCCGAAGUUAGUGCCCUACCUGAAAAGCAAAAGCGUAGGUUACAGAAGCAAGAAGUCGCAAAUUUUAGACAAAGAAGACAUUAGCAAGUUUAUUAAUGAAGCAGAUGACAAGAUAUAUUUACUGAUGAAGACUGUGCUAAUUUUGGGUAUAUCGGGAGCCCUUCGACGUGAAGAAUUAGUUAAAAUGAAGCUAACUGACAUAGAAGAUAAACAGUCUGUCUUAAUUGUGAAGGUGCCUGAUACAAAAACCCACUGCGAACGAAUAUUUACUGUUUCAAAUUUAGAAAAUAUAGAAAUUGUCAGAAAAUAUAGAGCUUUGCGGCCUCCACGGGCGACUAGUGACCGUUUAUUUUUAAAGUAUACCAACGGAAAAUGUGUGAAUCAAAAUGUUGGAAUUAACAAAAUCGGAGAGAUACCAAGUUUGAUUGCAAAGUGGCUUAACAAAGACGAACCUAAAAAAUAUACUGGUCACUGCUUCAGAAGAAGCUCUGCCACUCUUUUGGCGAAUGCUGGAGGUGAUCUAAUUUCAAUUAAACGUCAUGGGGGCUGGAGAAGCAGCACAGUGGCAGAAAGUUACAUCGAGGACUCUUUGAAUAAUAAAAUUGAAAUUGCCAAUAAAAUUCAACCUUCUUCCUCCACAGAAGAAAACAAAAUCACUCAACCUUCUACAUCGGCUUCUUUUAAUGGCGAAAAUAACUUUCAUUUACAAGCGUCUUCACUCAGGCCUCUGGGGAUAAACGGGGGCACGUUUUCGUCAUGCACAUUUAAUUUUCAUAUGUCAAAGUAAAUAUCUAUUAUUAUUGUUUUGUAAUAUUGUUCUGUAUAAUUAUAAAACCUUUAAAACUA